UCCCACCCCCGGUCGUGACGUGUGAGCGCGGUGCCAUGGCUGCCGCCGUGCGGGACUGCCUGGAGCUCCAGCUGCUGGAGCUGGAAAUGCUCUUGUCCAUGUUCCCCAAGAAAGGGGAGAUCAGCCUGGACGGGGCUGCCGUGCCCGCCCUGCAGCGCUACAUGAGGGACGGCGGCCAGUUCCUGCCCCCGAGGCUCGAAUAUUCGGUCGCUGUCGAUGUCGGGGAGCCGGAGGUCAAAGUGGAACUGCAGGUACAGUUGCCUCACAUGUAUCCCCAUGUGGCUCCUCAGCUUUUUGCAAGAUCAAAUGCACUGCACAGGCAGCAACAGCUGCAGCUCAACACUCUUCUCGCUUCUCACAUCAGCUCUUUGGAUUCAGGUGAACUGUGCGUAUGUGAAGCUGUGCGGUGGCUGAAAGAGAACAGCCUGCCUUACUUGGAAAACAAUAAGGCCUCUGCUGAUAGUGUUUCAAAGGAAGCAGUAGUUAAAGAAACAAUUCAACGUAUGUGGAUCUACAGCCAUCAUAUAUACAGGCAGGAACUGAGGAAGAAGAUCUUUGAGUGUGCCAAGAAAUUAAACCUGACUGGUUUCUGCUUGACAGGAAAACCCGGGGUGAUCUGUGUGGAGGGAGGCAGAGAAAACUGUGAGGAGUUCUGGCGUGUUAUCAGAUAUCCCAACUGGAAGCAUAUUUCAUGCAAACACGUGGAGACUGUGGAAGCAGAGGGAAGCGCUGAUAACCUGCGCCUCUUUCGAACGUUUGAAGACUUGCAGUUUCAGGCCCAUGGUGAUUAUGGCCUGAGGAAUGACUAUCACAUGGAUCUGGGCCAGUUCCUUGAGUUCCUGAAACAGCAUCAAAGUGAACAUGUUUUUCAGAUUUUAUUUGGUGUUGAAGGCAAACUUGCAGACAAAUAAGAAAAUAACCAUAUAAAAGAAUGCUGACUUUGGACAGCGAGAGAUGCAGCUGACAUGGUAAUUUGUCCCUAGCUAUGGCUGCUGUGAAAAGGGAAACUCGGUGUUGAAGACAGAAGGACAAUUGAAGUAGAUAUUCCUGGCUCUGUUCUGAGUUGCAGUGUGUUUUUUGAAAGAGAUGCGUCUGCUCUCACUUUAUUCAGCCCAUCCAAGAAAAGCAAAGACUCUUGUGCCCAACCACAGCACUGAGUUUUGCAUUUAAUAGAGGGGUAGGAGGGAGGGGGAAGAAAGCCCACAUCACCCCAUCAUUUGUAGGCUUUGGGUAGUAUCUGUCUUUACAAUGCUAGCGUUAUUGCCACCAUUUCCAGUAUCUUCCUCCUCUCAUCUCAUUAGGAUCUGGUUACAUUAAUGGUAGCAGUUGCUCAAAUCAUUCUUUUUUUAUUGCUGGGCCUAGCACACUGAAAAGCUACUACAUAAAGAAAUAUAUAUAUUGUGUGUGUCUAUAUACAUAUAAAAGGACUGUCGUAUUUAAAUGUUAUCAAUAGAUGAAGACUGUGCCUGAGGAGUCCGAAAUAGCUGUGCCUUAAAGAACCACCACAGCACUGACCUCUGCCUUCUCCCUAAGCAACAUAGUAGGUAAACUGGUAGACAGCAGUAAAACCACCCUUACUCUUGAGGUUUGGAUGCCCAAAUCUAAAAAUCAAGCUAUUUGGUUAGCAGCUAUUUAAAAGCUGUGUUUCGGUACACUGUACCAAUGAGUACAUUGUUAAUAAUGGGGAUGCUUUGGCUGCCUAUUUAUUAUACUCUGAUAUUCUCUCUUUGCGAGGGACAUUGACUGCCUUUAUGCCGAACAAUUGCAGUGCGGUUAUCCUGCUGGGGAAAUGAAAUCUCUGACAAUUCACAGGACUGUAGCUGCAUUGUUAGAAUAUUUUAAUGCUGCCGAAUAAUUGUCAGCAAAGGUUCUGCAGGUUCAGUUCUCAUUCUAUGUAUUUCUUCAUUUUCCACUGUACCAUAGAAUCACAAGGUCGGAAAGAACCUACAAGAUCAUCUAGUCCAACCGUUCUCCGUUUACCAUACCUACAGAAAACCACUAAACCAUGUCUCCUAGCUCCCAUCUGUCUGCUGAAGUUCUCAUUGACAUGUAUGACAAAUCUCUGAACUCAAGGUACAGCCACUCAAUUUGACAUCCAAAGACACUUAACAGCCAUAGCGUAGGAUGUAUCAAGUGCAAUAACAGUUGGAAAGCAACCGACACAAAUACAACCCUCAGAUUAAUGUU